AGAUGCGCGUCGUCACGUCAUCCUUUGACAUCACCGAAGGAGGGAGGGGGCGGGACUCGUGAGGCCGUUGCCGGAUAUGACAGCGUCAGGAGGGUCUUCCGCCCUGAGGCUGCGCGGCUGGCUGGACGUGGGGCUGCCCGAUUGGCAGUUCCAAAUGGAUAGAUGUAGCAGCAAGAGCAACAGCAUAAGAAAACAAGAACAUAAAGUUUAAUCUUUUUUAAGAAAGGAGGAAGAUGGAAAGUAAUGCUGUUCUUUUGGAAUCGAAAUCUUCACCCAUCAACCUUCUGAAUGAAAUGCACCAGCUGCGUCUCCUGGGCCACCUCUGUGAUGUGACUGUGAGUGUGGAGUAUCAAGGUGUCAGGGCUGAGUUUGUGGCUCACAAGGCAGUGCUAGCCGCCACCAGCAAGUUUUUCAAAGAGGUAUUUCUGAAUGAAAAGAGCAUGGAUGGUCCAAAGACAAAUGUCUUCUUGGAUGAGGUCCAGGUAGCUGACUUUGCGUCUUUUCUUGAGUUUGUCUAUACUGCCAGGGUGGAAGUCGAAGAAGAUCGGGUGCAGCGGAUGCUGGAAAUAGCUGAGAAGCUCAAGUGCUUGGAUUUGUCUGAGACAUGCUUUCAGCUCAAGAAGCAGAUGCUCGAAUCAGUGUUAUUGGAGCUGCAGAACUUUUCUGAGUCACAGGAUGCAGAAGAGUACAGCGGAGCCCAACCAAACAGUUUACUUGAACCCAAAGCGAUUCUCGAAGCUCAAGGCGAUGGCAUGGACUGUUUUGCAAGCCCACCCCAUGGAAGGCCUAGGGACGUAGAAGGCCUUGUCACACCUGCUGAGAAACUCAAGGAGAAAUUAGACCAGAAGAAAGAAGUCCUGAAGACUCCCUGUGCCAAAAUCAGAAGAGCUAGCGGAAGGCUGGCCGGCAGGAAAGUGUUUGUGGAAAUACCCAAGAAAAAAUACACCCGGCGCCUGCGGGAACAGCAGAAGUAUGAAGCAGCUGCUGCAGAGGCAAGCCAACUGCACAAAGACCAUGGCACACACAAGGAAGUGGGGGAAGAGGAGGAGGAAGAAGAAGAGAGAGGAGCAGGCAGCACAAAGCCUGAAAACAAAGGGUUCAGCUGCCCUGAUGAACUGGAGGCCAGCUCAAACAAAUCCGAGAAGGACAAAAAGAAUCGCGGUAGCAACUUCACGUGCAGCACCUGCAAGAGGGAGUUCCUGUACGAGAAGAGCUUCCUGAAGCACAUACGACACAGCCACGGCAUCGCAGCUGAAAUCAUUUACCGCUGUGAGACCUGUGGCCAGACUUUUGCCAACCGCUGCAACCUCAAAAGCCACCAGCGCCACGUCCACAGCAGCGAGCGCCACUUCCCUUGCGAGCUCUGUGGUAAGAAGUUCAAGAGGAAGAAGGACGUCAAGAGGCACAUGCUGCAGGUUCAUGAGGGUGGUGGGGAACGUCAUCACUGCCUCCAGUGUGGAAAGGGGCUGAGCUCCAAAACAGCCCUCAGGCUCCAUGAAAGGACGCACACUGGCGACAAGCCUUAUGGGUGCACAGAGUGUGAGGCUAAGUUUUCUCAGCCCUCGGCACUUAAAACACACAUGAGAAUCCACACUGGUGAAAAGCCUUUUGUUUGUAGUGAUUGUGGAGCAAGGUUCACGCAGAAUCACAUGCUUAUAUAUCAUAAAAGAUGCCAUACAGGGGAACGGCCUUUCAUGUGUGAAACGUGUGGGAAGAGUUUUGCCUCAAAGGAGUAUUUGAAGCACCACAAUCGAAUCCACACUGGGUCCAAGCCUUUUAAAUGUGAAAUUUGUUUCCGAACAUUUGCACAGAGGAAUUCACUGUAUCAGCACAUUAAAGUUCAUACAGGUGAGCGUCCUUACUGUUGCGAUCAGUGUGGCAAACAGUUCACCCAGCUCAAUGCCCUGCAACGCCAUCAUCGCAUUCACACGGGGGAGAAGCCAUUCAUGUGCAAUGCUUGUGGUCGGACAUUUACAGACAAAUCUACUCUUCGGCGACACACCUCGAUUCAUGAUAAAAACACACCCUGGAAGUCUUUCCUUGUUGUCGUCGGAGCCUCAAAGAAUGACGAGUAUCAGAAGAUGGAGCUUCCUGAUGAAGAAUAUGAUGUGGCUCAUUCUAAAAUAUCGGAGAAGUUGCUGUCUUUUCCUGAAAACGGCCACUAUCACAACCUGACUGCUGUCCAAGGAAACGUGACUGCUCUGCAUGAGAAUGGGUCACCUGAAGUAACAGACUGCAAAUCAUCAGGGCCCCAAGAAGCCCCAUUAGGUACCACUUUGCAUGAUCUCACAGUAUUGCACACCCAAACAGACUCUCUUCAGCCACCUCUUCACACUUUGGUGAACAUGGAAUAGCACUAUCUUCUCAGCAGAAGAUCCCAGCCAAGGAUGAGCCUGUCAAAUCUUGUAGACUCUGCUCACCACCCGUGGUCUGCAAAACAUUCUAAACUGGGUGCUCUAAACAUUCUGGAACAAAACCAAAUUUCUGGAAUUGUCUCUAAACCGAAGAGUUCUAUCUCCUCAUUCUAAUGCUUCAGGAGACAGUUAUUUUGUCUGUCUUGUCUAUAUAAGUUGAAGGAGGUCUCAAGAUCAUACCCCCACAAAGCUGUGAGAAAAGUCAACGAGGUUAUCCGUUGUUCUAAUUAAUAUUUCUUCCUUCCUUACUCUUAGCAUAGUGGUUUCUUGGAUUUGGAGAAAAAGCAGGGUGUUUUUUUCUUCUUCCAGUGAUCCCCUAGAAGGAAAAUAAUUCUGUUUGUCUGGUUUAACAAUUGGUUCUGCCUUUAAAUGCAAAUAAAAUGUGAAAUACUAUAUCAGUCUUUCUCUGCACCCCAAAAUUCAACACAAUUUGAAUGUAAUUUUUGUAUUAAGGAAGAAUCAACCCACUUGAUUAAAUGGUGGUAGGGAUUUCUAAAGUUCUUCCAAACAGGGCUACUUCUGGGAAACGUUUUGAAGAACAGGGGGUUUUGUUGUUGUUGUUGUUGUUGUUUUUUGGGGGGGGGUGUUGCCAAGAAGAUGGCAUUGUAUUGCUCCAGUGAAGGUCAUACAGACAAUCUGCUGUUAGGUCUGGCUAUUCCAUGAGUUCGGUGAGGAUUUCAGAGUUCUGCUACUGAAUUCAGUUCAGAACAGCUGGGGGAAUUCUCUGAGCAUUUAAUUGCCUCAUUGAGCAUUCCUUCAAAGUACCUGGCUCGCUGCAAACCCUGCUCCUCUCCUUUGCAUGCUUCUUCUUGCCCACACUAUUCUGUGAUUUGUUAGCAAUCCUCUCUUUCCCACCACUGUCCAGGUAGGCGCUUAGCUGUGUACCUGAACAAAAAGGACAUUCGCAGGCAAUGGGUUGGAUCCAUUUUAAAUUUUCUGUCAGUGGAACGGAGCUUUCCUGCCUCCCCUGCCCCACUGAUUGACACAUAAUGCAGCUGGAGUGGAGGUAAGGUAGGGGUCUGCUGCUGAGGCCGGGGGUGUGUGGUGGUCAGUGGAAAGUGCCAGUUUGGUCUGGAUCCAACCCAGUGUGCUUCUGAACUGUUCUUUGCUCCAUGAAUGUACUUCUGAACCUCCAGUGCCUCCGCUUCUGUAGGUCAGGCACAUGGCCAUGAGGUAGACCAUUCUGUGUAAUUUUGUUGACAGGCUAGCUGUAGAGUUUGGAAUAAACUACUCAGACUCAGUUGAGAGACCAACAACACAUCUUGGAAGAAGUCUGUUGCAGUUUCAAAGAAAACUAAGUUAAUGGUGUUUUUAUAAAAUCGAUACAAAUAUUCUCAAUUCAGAUUUCUCCCAGCAACUUGAAUUUUUCUGGAUACUUUGUUAAUGUUUGUACUGAAGGCUACAAAACUUCUUGGAGAAGUCACAUCGCAGCCAUGACUAACAUUCCAUAUAACAUCCAAGAAUGUAGAGUGAUGGAUGCCUCCAGCUAAAUUUCACAAAGUGGGCAUGUAAAAACUUUGUUUCUUCAUUGAACUGUGGCUGAGCUGGAAAACAAGGCCAUGUAAUAUAACAAAGGCAAACCAACCUCCAAAAUUUAAGCAUAUUCCCCAGUCUCUUCUGAAAGAUUGUUUUCCUUCAUUGUAGCAAUUAUGGGAGUGAAGAAUUAUUUUGUAUUUGCUUCUCAAUGUAACAAUACUGUGCCUUUUUAAUUUUUAAAUUUAAAAAGUUGAAGUGCCAAAUCAAAAGAGUGGUAAAUUCUGACUUUCCAUUGAAUUCCAACCAGACUUCAACUUGCUAAUACAAUUAAGAGCAAUUCCUUCCUUAUGAAAUAUAUACAUUACGUGAGUAUUGCUCAUAAGAGCUCAUGGGGUCUGCCUUUCAACUUGUUACUCUUAAUAUCGGAACACAGUGAUUGAAGCUCCAUGUUUUGGCUGGACAGUGUUAUCAUGGAAGAGAAAUGCUAAAACAAAGAGAAUGUUAAGUAGCCCCUUUUAAGCAUUCUGUUUCUUUCUGCCUUUGCUACAACACCAGAGACCUAAGUUAUCUGCUUUUUCUGUAAUGCUGCAAUUAUCCUUUGUUUUUCAUUUUUUUUAAAAGGGUGCUUUGUAUUUUGAUGCAGUAUUGUGUUGAAGACAUGCUUUUGAUCAUAACCUCGUGCUUAAUUAAAUGGAGCCCCUGUAAAAAUCACCACGAGGCCUUUCCUUUCCUUGCCCUGGCUGAUUUGAAUGGGUAGUUGUGAGUGUUCCUAAGUGAGAGAGACAAACUAUUGACACAGUAAUGUGGUUUUCCAGAGGCAUUCUUUUUACAGGGGUGGUCAGAGUAUAGAAGACCCAAGUUGUUUCUCAAGGCUACUGUGGGUUUUGUUUCGUUUAGUACCUUGUGCUUUGGAUCAUUCAGAGUUCAGUUGCCCCUCCAGAGGAUCUGGGCCUUGAAUGUUGUUCUUGUUAUGCUCUGGAUUCGUUUAACCAGGCUUAGUUUUCUCUAGUUUAUUACCUCUAGCCCUUAAAUCAGGAAUCACUUAGAAAACUGGCCAACCCCAAGUAGCACAAUAAUCUGGGAUUCUGCUCUUUUAGUUGCUGAAAGGCAAAGCAAUAAAAGAUUGAUGGGAUAAGGGUUUGUUUGGCUUUUGGAUAAACCCCUUUAUUCUUUGCUCUUUUUGUUCAAUUUAUUAAAAGGGACCUUUUAAGAAAAUAAGUGGACUUCCAAGAGGUUAUAUUUAAAAUAUUUAUUUUGUAAGCCAUGUGCUCCUUUUUUGACUAUGAAAUUAUAAUGACCAAUUGUAAAGAAUUUGUAGUGAAUAUUUAAAUCUUUUAUUGUUAGUACUUUGAGAUAGGGAAAUUUUUUUGUAACCCAUGAAGGCGUGGAAGUGUGUUGACUUGUAUAAACUGAUAAACCCUAUUAAAAGACCUUAAACAGUGCCA